GACGACGGAGCCGCGGUCACACCCCCUCCUCGCCCGGCCCUCCUCCGCGGCUCUGCACGGCUCCGCUCGGUGUGUGCGCAGCCCCGACCCGGCCAUGCGUGGGGCCGACAGCUCAGCGGCGGUGCGGGGGUGAUGCCAGAAGGAGCCCGGCAUGCCGUACUUGGACCGACAGAACCGUAUCUGUGGGUUCCUGGACAUUGAGGAAAAUGAGACCUGUGGCAAAUUCCUGCGGCGCUACUUCAUCCUGGACACUCAGGCCAACUGCCUGCUGUGGUAUAUGGACAACCCGCAGAACCUGGCGAUGGGAGCGGGCGCCGUUGGCUCUCUGCAGCUCACCUACAUCUCCAAGGUCAGCAUUGCCACCCCGAAACAGAAACCCAAAACUCCAUUCUGCUUUGUGAUCAAUGCUCUGUCCCAGCGCUAUUUCCUGCAAGCCAGCGACCAGAAGGACCUGCAGGACUGGGUGGAGGCUCUCAACCGUGCCAGCAAGAUCACGGUCCCUAAGGGUGGUGCUGCACCCCCCACCACUGAGGUCGCAAAGCCCCCUGCGGUGCUGCAGGCACAGGACAGGAAGCCCCCGGUGGCCUACAAGACUGAAAUCAUAGGUGGGGUGGUGGUGCACACCCCCAUCUCCAUCAGCCAGAACGGUGGGGAUGGAGCAGAGAGCAGCGACCUGACUGUACACCCGCUGCUGCGCCGCUCACAGAGUUACAUCCCCACAUCAGCCACCAAGCCGCCUGCUGGACCGCCUGCCAUCAAGAGUGGCUUCUGUGUGAAGCAAGGCAACGUGAGGAAGAGCUGGAAGCGCCGCUACUUUGUCCUCGAUGAGUUCUCCAUCAGUUACUACAAAUGUGAGCAGGACAAAGAGCCGCUUCGUUCCAUCCUACUGAAGGACAUAUGCAAGACCCAUGAGUGCCUGGUCAAGUCUGGUGACCUCCUGAUGCGGGACAACCUCUUUGAGAUCAUCACAAGCUCUAGGACCUUCUACAUCCAGGCAGACAGCCCGGAGGACAUGCACAGCUGGAUCCGUGCUAUCACAGGGGCAGUGCAGGCCCUGAAGACGCGCCCGAGGGAGAUCUCCUUCAUGCGCUCCUGCUCCAUGACCAAGCCUGGGUGCAGCUCGGUGCCAUCGCAGCCACAGGAGAGGAGAGCACCUUGCAAGGCUCCUGCCACCUCCUGGCAGCCCUGGACACCGGUGCCACACAGCAGGAGGCAGCCCGAGGUGCCCAGCAGGGAUGCAGUGUUUGUGACGGCGCUGACGGAGCGCGAUGGAGCUCCUGUGCCAGGUCAGCGCCUACGGCACCGCUCGGAGCCACAGCACCCCAAGGAGAAAGCGUUCCCUUUCGACCUGGAUGACGACAGCAUCCGGACCUCUGACGUCUGAUGGUGCCUCUGCCCCACAGUCUGCCCCCCGUGUGGGUGUGUGGCAUUAUUUCUCCCCAAGUACCAAACAUGGAAGACAGUGCAGGAAGGCUUGGAAGCAUAAGGGGGGUGAGGUGGCCUUUUCCCUCUCAUCUCCUUUCUGUGCCACUCAGUCUUCCCCAGCACGGAGCAGGAGCUGCGCUGCAGCCUGCAGUGUGGAUGAUGUUUCUUGGAGAUCAGCUCCAUGCGUUGCCCGACUGAUGGGGUACCAGCACACCCAGUGGUAUCUACCUGCCUCCUUUCAUACCUAUAGCCAUUGUUACACCCCAGCCAGGUGUGCUGCUCCUGGGGGAACAGUGGUUACCGGAGCUGAGGUGUUCUCAGGUUGUUCUGGGGUUUGUUAUGCACCAAAAUACCUGUCUGAGUGAAACGCUGUGAGCACAAAGCAACAAAAGCUGAGCAUGUAGAUGAACCCUGGGAGACUCGUCCAACCACCCCGUACUGACUCAGAAUGAAAAUGAGAAGAACCUUUCUUAGCAGUGUGAGCCGGUCAUUUCCAUAAGCAAAUAUCCUCCUGUGGGAGGUGUGACACACAGCACAUGGAAAAUGCAAGUCUUCCCCAGGGAGCGAUUGUUUGAUGCCUUCACCCCAACAGCACAUGUGGGAUGCCAUGGGUGCUGCAAGCAGAGCUGGGUGCACUCAGGGGCUCUGCUUUCCUUCCCAGUGCACCAUAGCAGUGCUGGAGCUGAGCUGCCCAAAUGUGCAUUGCAUUGAAGGAUCAGGGCAGCAGGAGUGGGGCUGCACUGCAAUCCCAGCAGUGCUGGAGCGCUCUGCAGUUAGCAAAGUGUCCCUUUGCUUUGUGUAGUUAUCUUUUUUGUUGUUGUUCUCCUUUUUCCUUCUGGUAAUUAUGUCUUCUUUGCUUUGCAAAGUCAGCCUAACGCGGCAGUGCGUUGUCAGAUGGCAUUACUUUGCUUUCCCAUGUUGUGAUCUAUGGAGAAGCAGCUGCAGGUAUACUUUGUACAGUGAGAGAUGGUGCAUAGGACCCCCCCAGAGACCAGGGGGCAAGAGCAGCUUUGUGCAGUGGAGAACACAAUGAAAACGAGUGGAAAGCAAUGCAAAUAGUACUGGGAGGAUGUUAAUAUUUGUUAUUCAAUCGUAGAAGCCUCGGUUACGCUGUUACUUUUGGCCUUUUUCCUUUGUUUUUGCCUUCAGCCUGACCUCUGCUUGCUGGUUUGGUGUUCUGUUCCCUGGAGGUUUGGGGCUGUCACUCACAGCACUGGGUGAUGUUGGCGCUCUGACCUCAUUUUGGGAACCCAUUAAAUGAUGGCUCCUUUGUGCAAGGCUUCAAACGCAGCACCAAGCCGUGUUGCUUGGCAAAGUUUCCUCAGGCCUGGGAUGGUGGAGAAGAAGCUCGUUGCACAAUUAAUGUUAAUUAUCCAGGAAGGUAACUAACUACCUGUGGCUGCAGUGCUUGUUGCAACACUCUCUCUUCUCCCAUUCCCACCCUCCUCAUCUCUGGGACAGCAAUGAUGCAUUGGUGGGAGAUGUGUGCAGGCUCUGGGGGGGGGGGGUGUUUAUAUGGGGAGUGAUGUGAGAGUGGGUUUGUUCCUUUAUAUGACAAUGGUUCCCAGCUGUGCUCCAAGUGCUCUUAGGGCCAGGGGGUCCCUCAGCCUGCGGGUGGGUUUUGGCUGCAGAUGGAACUCUCUUUUUUGCCCCUUUGUAAAUAAAGAAGGAAACCCCAAGUG